AUUACUCUUUAAAGGCAUAAAAAACGUACACAGUCAGAAACCAAGUCAGUUAUAACACGUUGAGUUUUAAUUUAUAAGAAUCCUACGCAAGACUUAAGAUUACUUUUCAAUUUUUAUUGAAUAUUUCAAUUAUGAGUGCAAACAAAAAAAUUUAAUAUGUGGCCGCUUUCAACAAGAAGUCAAAUAAAUUCAUUGCCUCUUGAAACUGAUUUGCAAAAAAAAUUCUCGGCCAAAUGCUCAAAAUCAAACUGCAACCUGUUUUGGUUAAGCACAAAAGCAUUCAUAAAUGUUGUAUAUAUCCAAAACGCAGCAUCUUAAAUCGAAAUUAUUAAUUAAAGUUGUUUGGUUUCAUAAAUUUCUUUUUUAUUUUUGGUUAAUUAUGUGACAAAGUACUGGCAUUUAAAACAUUCUUUAUAAUCAAAUAUGGAAGUACCAAUAAUGAUGAGCAGUGGAUCGUGCCUCGAACUCUUCGCCAAUCCUAACAAGUAUAAUAUACCAAUAAACCGAGAAAGCAUUUCGAUGGAAACACGAAGCAAAGUGUCAACUCCGAUUAGAAACUUCAAAGCGGUUCCUUUUACAUCAUGUUUUGAUGACAUGCAAGAUUACGUGCGAUUGAUGGUGGAAGAUCUAGCCGCGUGGUUGAACGAUAUCUACCACAUUGAGUUAAGUCUGGAUAACUUUUUCGAAUGCCUGGACAAUGGUGUUCUGUUGUGUCAACAUGCAAACAACCUCCAGAGACUGGCAAGGUCCUAUGCGGCCAGACAUCCGGAAGAAGUUAAGAAGAGGGGAGUGGUUAUUCCGAAGGAGUCUGUGUCCUAUAGACCUCAAGUGCCAAGAGGCACUUUCCUAGCACGAGGAAACGUGGAGAACUUCAUCAUCUGGUGUCGUGAUCAGAUUGGGAUCCCUCAGUGCCUGCUGUUCGAAGUGGACGAUCUAGUGCUCCGGAAGAACUGCAGGAACUUCGUCUUAUGUCUCCUUGAAGUGUCUCGUAAAGGAAGGAAGUUCGGAAUGCGCAUUCCGGGUCUGCUAGCUUUGGAUGCAUCCGUGGAGCGAGAGGAGAAGGAACUUGAUAGACUGGACAGAUGUCUUCCGAGUCGGAUUGCGAAGAACUCCACCUGCUGUAACUGGGAACUGCUGAGAGAUGUGGACGACGAAGUUAGGAGACAGCUGGCACUCUGUGCUUGCGAGGAGAAGUUUGGACUGACUCAGGAGGCACCCGGCAGAUACAUACUGGCGAAAGAUGGAAGAAGGGUGUUUGCACGGAGAUUGCGCGACAAAACUGUGAUGAGGCUCUCAAAAGACACCGAAUGGGAAGUCGCCAAUUCAUUUUUCACAACCCAUGACCCCUGUCGACUCAGCGAAGACACGACUAUAAACGAGACACUCAGCUCCGAACCCGCCACUAAGAAAACCGAAACAACUCGAAAACAGCAUAAAGUGAAACGAAAGUUGGAUUUCGAAGCGAAGCGACGAUGUAAGACGCCUGACGGAAGAUCAAAUAGUUCAAAACUCGAAUCUGAGCUAAGCUGGAAAUCUCUUGAUUAUGCAAAUUGUUUUAAAAACGAGAGCUCGAAUCUCAGCGAAGUCCCAAUAACUUUGAAUGAUGGCAACCUUCGCAAGUUAGAAAACGGCUUCGGAAAUGAAAUGGAGCAACAACGACAUAUGUUGGAUUCAAUUCAAAGCGAAAACCAAAAUCGCGUGGACAGUAAACAAAGUCAACGUGAAAAACAAAAUGACCAUUUUCUCGAUAAAAAAACACAGCAUCAAAACCCUCAAAUACAUGUUUCUGAUACUAGUGAGAAUUUUCUCGACAAACCUGUCUCAGAACCUAUUCCUUUGAGCCCGCAACACACUAACUUGGAUUCGUUUAGGAGGCGGAAAAGGCGAAAGAUCAAAGCAGCACAGUCUAGAUGUCACAGCGCAUUAGCCGAGUUUGAUUCUAAAUUGGUAGGCGAAAAUAACAGCGAGAAAGAAAUCCGAGGAAUCGAUCAAACCGAUGGUAGAAUUAAGAAAUACAGCGUGUCACAAUUGCGAAAUUUGCUGGGAUUGCCUCAAAAGGCAAACGAACAGGUUGAAGCGAAAUUAGUUUCAAAAUGCGAACAGCAAAAUGAGCAUGCAUUUAAGGCUUGGAGUUCUAGAGGUUAUCAGAAAUCACUGCUUACUAACAUGACGAACAAGCAAUUGGUUGUUGAAGAUCAUACUUAUGAAAAUAUUGGACCCAAUUUGUACGAAAACCUCCCUUCCAAUGCAUUGCAUUAUUCGAGUGAUGUCUCACGUAAUCCAGUAGAUGACCCAGGAAGCAAAAUGCAUAAUCCAGCUGAAAUGCUACAAAACACAGUUGAAUUGUUAUACAAUCCGGGAAGCAUUUUAGAGAACACGGGCGAAGUUUUACAUAACCCAAGGUCUACGAGCAGACAUAGAUCUCGAUCCAGAUUGGGCGAGAACCGUCGUCGUCUCUCUGAUUACGCAACAUCACAGGAUUCGGGAAUCUGUCUGGAAAAUUCCAAUCCACUGAGGUCACAACCUGUAAUGUUUGAUUCUUCGCCUCCAGAUAUAGUUUCAAGUGGAACUCGAAAUUCCAGAGCAUCCCAGGUACCAGCAGCAGUUUACAUAAAUCGAGGACCAAGUAUUCAUCAAGAACGACCUGAUGUCAUUUUUCUUCCAAAUGCCAAUGAUGUCAAACUUCAGAAUCAAUCCGAGAAAAACAAAUGGCAAAGUCAUUCUGAGUUCCGUUCCAGAACGUAUUCUCCGAAUGAACCGAAUGAGCGAGUUCAAUCUAAUCAACAGGAGAUGAAUAUUUGUCAAGCUGAUCUAAGAACAAGAAAACUUUCGGAACCGAAAAAUUUUGGAGAUGUAGAUGACAAUUCGGACACUUCGAGAUCUGAAGGCCCUUUUCGAACUAACGUUUUAACCGAAGCUGCAAUUGCGCGUGAGAAAUUUUUUGGCACUAGAGCAAACAAGCGAAAUGAACAAAUUCCGAACCAUAAAUUUGUUGAAGAGGUUUCAUCUCCUUCAAAUAGUCGAAGUGAAGAGCUAGAAACUACAAGUCAACACAGGAGAGAAGUUUCAGAUGAGUUCCAGAAAUUCGAAAAUACUUCUGCUUACAGACAAACUCCAGAUUUUAUCCAGACAAUGUUGGAAAUAGACAACCCACUCCAGGCAUCAACUCCUAUGGUAUCACCCCACGUGACCAAAAUGGUGAAUGAGCUGUUUGAAUCCGAAAGCGAAGAAGAAAUUCAUCCAAAUAGAAGUAUCGGCCAAGUCCAAUCUUCGAAUAGUGCGAGACAGUCGAAAGCAAUUGCAAUGUUUAGAAAGGAGCAUUACGUAGAAGAUUUUGCAAGAAAACCAAAUUCUGCGAAAUUCAUCCCUGAAAAAAAUUCAGAAGAUUUUAAUCAAAGGAGAUCCUCUUACGUUCUAGCCAGUGUCCAAAAAACGCAAAAAACUAGCGCCUCGUACAAUGGCCACAAGAAAGACUUAGUAACAGAUAAUAAUGUGAAAGAAGUGUCGAAAACGAAGGGUGAUUCAAUCGAAACUGACACCUCUUCAAGUGACGAAACCAACUUCAGACCCUUUAGUGACGAAGCUGAUAACGCCAAACUGAGCUCCGAUGAUAAAAAUAUAGGAAAGUUUUGGCAAAAUGGCCAUGAUCAUUCGCCAUUCUCAGAUGUCAGUAGCUUGACACCUGAGAAGAAAGUCAAACCGAGGUCGGCAACUCCUCGUCGGCAUGCUUCCGAGAAGCAUAAGAGCGAAGGAAGUUUCUCCCCAGCAUCUGCGGAAGAUCGACACCUCUUAAUCGCUACUAAUGAACAACGGUUCGAGAAUGAAGAUGGUCUUAUUGUGCAAAAAAAUGACACAGUAAGCACAAGUCACUCCAAUAUCAAUGGUGAUGCCAUUGGUAGUGAUGGUGGAAUUAGAAGAACAGGCAUAGCUGAAGAUCACAGUUUUGGCUUCAGAAGAAAUUCAUUGAACUCGCAAGGAAAAGUAGGUGAAUGGAUGGAACGAAAUCAAAAACUUGGCAAAGUACUGGUUGAUCAGAGAAACAGGGAUAGGAAUAGUUCAAGUUCGCAUGAAAUAGGGCAUCUACCAGAAGGAAAGUCUGCAAGCAAGAACUCUAAGAACAAUUCAAAAGAAGGUUUUGCCACUCAGUUUGAAAUGAUUGAGCAUGAUGAAAUCAACGAUGAAAAUCGAUUAUCAAAAGAUCUUUUGAAUACUCCGAUAUCAUUUCCAAAAGAAGCGAGCUCUAAACUGGACGAAACACCGGUAGCAAAUAAAUCCGAAGGUGCGAAGUCAGGUACGACCGACUUACUAAUGAGUCAAUCAUCGCCUAGAACUGAAAACACAAAACUUAAGAUGAGGCAGCUCAUUGAGGAGCUAGAUUCUCAAAAAGCCAAAUCAACUAAAGCUAAUGACCGCAUGCAAAAGGCGGAUCAAACUGCCAGCGACAACGAGCCAGACAUGGUCAGCCCACUCAAAACAAACGACCGAAUCCAAAAGGUUAACGGAAACCUUGAAGAAAACGAGUCAUUUGAUGGAGGCAAAGGUGAAAGUUUCUCUAAAAUGGAAACAACAAUUAGUUACCCGGCAAUAAACAUUCAUAUUGACACAAUUCGAGUGGAAAUGGGACAAAAUGGAGCCCAGAUAGUCGAGUUGAAAAUGAAAGAAAAAACAGAUGAAAACAGCCAACAAAACAACGAAAGCCAAUCAAGUUUAAAAGAUAUCAAAACAGCAGAGGAACUUAUUGGGCUAAUAGGAGAAGAUAAAUUCCAGCAGAUAGUCGAAAAUGUUAAGCUACAGGUUACUGAGGAGAUCAAAAACGAAUCAAAACUCUCAGAAUUCACUGACACCAAGACGCCCGAAAAGAGACUCGAGGUACCACGGGAGCUUUCGUGGGAUGAAACUCCAGUUCUCGGUUCAACGCCGAGAACCUCAAACGAUAGAAUUGAACAAAUAUCACCGAUUAAAAGUUCGCCUAUUGAAGAAAGAAUUAACUCAACGUUUGCUGUUUCCAGCUCAGUCGAGGUUCCAAUGGCACAUCUCGAUUCGACUUUUCUGAAAACAUCAGCUGUUUUUGAAAGAAAUUCGGCUAAUUUCACACGCGAUGAAAUUCAACUUAAUCAUGGCGACCAUGAACGGAAACGGAAAAGUCAGACCAAAAAGAUGUACAUGAAAACUGAAAUGGGCGGCAUGAGCGAAGCUAAUGCAAAUUUAGUUUUCUUGUCCUCUCUAAGAAAUUCUCCCCGUGUUGUUCAGACUAAAACGGAAAAGCCCAAAACUUCAAACCAAAUUAAGAAAAAUACCCCAUCGGAAAGUAAACCUAUCAAGAGUGUUGAAGGUUUCAACGCUGCUGUCGCUGAUAUGACCUUCGCUAAGUCGUUGAGGUCUAGCGGUCUACAAACCAAAACUAAAAUUGAACCGAGAUCAAAAACCCCACAGCCGGUUAAGUCUACCGAAGCUCCCCAACCCGCCAAAACCAGGGCGAAAACCCCGGAUUUUAUAAAGAAAAAUAUUAAAUCUAUAACUGAAACUGACCAGGCUAACCGAAGCUCAAAAAUGACCUUGAAUUCUCGGAGUCUCCACUGUAGUAGAGAAAGUCUAAGUAUUCGAAAUAAGAGCAAAUCUAUGGAAAACUUAUUAGAGGAGAAAGGUGAGCCGAAAAACAAGAGCGAAGCAUUUUAUCAGAAAGGUCAGCGAGUAUGCAACUCAGUUGAAAACGUUUCACAAUCAACCGCAGAAUUGGUGGAAAGUAAUGUUUUCGAUUCGAUUGACGCAACUUCGGAACAGGAUCGAAAAUCAUCAAACAAAGCUGAAAAUCUGAUUCAAAAGGAAAACUUGAGUGAAACGUGCGAAAACAGCAAUCAGAACAACGAUACCGUUAUUCACGUUUUGGAACCAAAAAUGAACAAAGAUAGCAAUAAUGAUAAAAACUUAAAAAUUGCGCCCCUUUCACACCCAAUUUCAGUCCGAUCUGUCAAGAGAAAAUCAAGACUUGAAAAGUUAAUUCGAGAAACAGCCGAUCAAAACAAAAGCAUGACAUCAUCCAGAAUCCCGCUGCCCGCAAGAGGGCUUUCGUCUCGUUCGCCGAGUGUUGAAAACCUAGCGAAUGCGCCGGUGAGUGGCGAAAGAAAAUCGCGAAACCGAAGCUUGACUCCGAAGCCCAGAAAAGAUCCAAAGUCGAAUCGAUCUAAAUCCAGAAUAGCUGUUCCCAAAUUAUAGUUUACCAAAUGUUUAGCCAUUUGGAAGUUUUGUAUGGUGAUUAAUUUAUAUAAUUAUCGGCAGCUAUAAAAAAUAGUUUCCAUUUAAUGUAAAUAUAGAUUCUUCGCUUGAUAA